UGCAACGUUAUCGCCUGCAGCUGCAGUUUCAAUGGCGGCUGCAGUAGCAAGUGGGUCGUCGAGUUCUUCGGGUAAUAACCAGGGACAAGAGUUCAUUGUGCGAAUUCCCAAACAGACGAAAAAGCGUCACCAUGUCAUGCGUUUCAACGCAGCGCACAAACAAGACAUUUCGAAGUGGACACAGAUCCGCAUUGAGCGGGAGAACAACUUGAAGGAGAUGAAGAUGGAGGACGACAUGCCCAAGUUUGGGGCCGGCAGCGAAUUCGGCCGGGACCAGAAGGAGGAGGCGAGGAGGAAGAAGUAUGGCAUCAUCAUGAAGAAGUACAACCCAGACGACCAGCCCUGGCUGCUCCGAGUGGGCGGGAAAGGCGGCAAGAAGUUCAAGGCGAUUCGGGACGGCGGUGUGUCGGAGAACACGUCCUUCUACGUGUUCUGCAAGGCGCCCGACGGCGUUUUCGAGGCCUUCCCCAUCGACGAGUGGUACAACUUCAACCCGGUCAACCGUUUCAAGGCUCUCACAGCCGAGGAGGCAGAGGUUGAGUUCGAGAGGCGCGACAAGGUGAUGAACCACUUCUCAAUCAUGGUGCGGAAGAAGAUGGGCAACGAGGACACUGAGGGCAUCAAGGAGGAGGGUGAGGAGGAGAAAGGAAAGGGCAAGAAAGGGAAGAAGGACAAGAACAAAGAGUUUAAAAUCUCAGAGAUGGACGACUGGCUGAGUGACUCGGACGGGGACGGCGACGAUGACGAGGAGGACAAGGACGACGACGACUCGAGCGCGAAGAAAAAGAGAAAGGCAAACGAAAAGGAGGACAAGAAAAAGAAGAAAAAGAAGGGGAACCAGUCGGAAGACGAGGCGAUGGAGGAGAGCGACGAGGGGGACUUCGACGACCGGGAGGUGGACUACAUGUCGGCGUCAAGCUCGGAAGGGGAGGAGCCUGAGGACGAGAAGGCCAAUCGGGAGAUGAAGGGCGUGGAGGACGAGGACGCCCUGCGGGCGGUGGACCAGUCGGACGAGGAGGAAGAGGAGGAGAAGGAGGAGGAGAAGCCCGAGGGGGAGGAGGAGCCUGCCAAGGAGGAGAAAGGGGCAGAGCCCAAGCCAAAGCCCAAGGCCGAGAAGAAGGACGUGCCGUCCAAGAGCACCUCGAAGGGAAAUUCGUCCGGAGAGUCUUCGUCCGAGUCCUCCGAUUCUGACUUCGACGACUCCAAGUUCCAGUCUGCCAUGUUCAUGCAGAAACCAAAGAAGAAGAACGGCUCGGAAGGCAGCAGCCGUGCCAACACCCCCACGAAGCACGUCAGCGACGAGAGGAAGAGCAAAGGGUCGUCAAGCAGCAAGGCCCUCAAGCGCAAAAUGAAGGAGGAAUCACCGGCGCCUUCCAAGAUGGAGGGUCCCAGCCCCAAGCGAUCUAGGGCAGAGGCCGGGAUGACGUCUACACCCCCGCUUCCAAGCAGUUGGUCCGGCAGCACAGAAGGGAUCACGGAGGACUCGGUGCGGCGGUACCUCCUGAGGAAACCGAUGACGACCACGGAACUGCUGCAGAAGUUCAAGUCCAAGAAGACGGGCAUGAGUAGCGACAAGCUGGUCAACACCAUUGCGCAGAUCUUGAAGAGACUUAAUCCAGAGAAACAGACCAUCAAGGGAAAGCUUUACCUGUCCAUAAAAGCGUGAUGCUGCUUAUUUUUGCAUCCUUUGCUACGAGGACGCCUGUUGA